AUGGAUUUAUAUGGUAUUGGUGAUUUUUUGCCUUUAACAAAUUUAUUAGUAACACAGAAAGCAGACGAAUUAUUACAACAUGAUAAUUAUAAUAAUUAUCAUUAUCAUCAUCAUCACUAUCAUUGCCCUCAACGACAAUAUCAUAAGCAACAACAACAACAACAACAACAACAACAACAGCAGGAGAAACAACAGGAAAAGCAAUAUCAUCAAUAUGAUAAUAAUGAACAAUCGAAACCUCAACUAUCUUAUAUUGGCCUUAUCGCAAUGGCAAUUUUAAGUUCUAAAGAGCAAAAAAUGAUACUUUCGGAAGUUUAUCAAUGGAUUAUCAAUAAUUAUCCAUAUUUUCGAACACGUGGUAUUGGUUGGCGAAAUUCAAUCAGGCAUAAUUUAAGCUUAAAUGAUUGUUUCAUUAAAGCUGGCCGUUCAACAAAUGGAAAGGGACAUUAUUGGGCAAUUCAUCCGGCAAAUUUGGAUGAUUUCAAAAGGGGUGACUUUCGAAGACGUCGUGCUCAACGGAAG